GGCCUCAGAACCUCUUUCCCUCACCCCACAUAUACAUUCUCUAGAGUAUAUAGCCUCUCUGUGACAUCAUCAUGCCUCAAUAUCACAAACCCGACCCCACGUGCGUCAGUGUCUCGGGUUCCAGGCACAUGGCACAGCUGGAUAUCCCUUGAACGUGCAAGGCGAGGGACGCACUCAGCCAGAAUGGGAGACUGGAAAGGCUAUAUCAGCGCAGUGCUCCGGGACCAGCGUAUUGACGACGUGGCCAUCGUGGGCCACUCGGACAAUCGCUGCGUGUGGGCAUCACGCCCUGGCGGCCUUCUGGCUGCCAUAUCCCCGCAGGAGGUGGGUGUGCUCACAGGGCCCGACCGCCGCACUUUCCUGCAGGCAGGUCUGAGCAUUGCAGGCCGCCGCUGCUGCGUCCUCCGUGACCACUUGCUGUCUGAGGGCGAUGGCGUUCUGGACGCACGCACUAAGGGGCUGGAUGGGCGCGCCAUCUGCGUAGGCCACACCCCGCGCGUGCUCCUUGUGCUUAUGGGCCGUCGUGGCGCGCACGGCGGCAUCCUCAAUAAGACAGCGCAUGAACUGAUCAACGGGCUCCGCACGCAGGGCACCUAGCAGGACAGCUAACCUGCCCUCGCAGCUGGGCCAAAAUAAACAGCUGGGCGUGGCUGGUUCAUCCUCUGUUUGUGAGCAUGCAGGGCAGUUGCAGAUGAGGAAACCAGUUUCCUGGAACAUUCUUACAGAGGGGUUACCUAAUGGGGCUGGGAUUCUGAGCCCAAAGGUUUCCCGGUCCUGGCCCUCUUUCCGUGAGUGCCCUGCAGAGGCCUCUGGCCUGACUUCCCAGAGUCCUUUCCCAAAAACUUUCCAUACUUCCAAGACACACUCUAAAGGGAGCCCCUCCCACACCCCUUCCCAGGUGCAUCCCAGCUAGACCCAAUGGGGUCAGGGAGUCAGGCUGGAGGUCAGUGUACUUCUCACCCCCUCUACUUGGCAGUAGGAAGCCUUUGCAAAUGUUGUGAGUGCAUGAGGGAACAGGGCUGGUAGCUUGGAGCGCAGCUCUGGGGUCCCCUCCCAGGUUCUUGCAUCUCCUCCCACAAAAUCCAACAA